CAAAGGGGGGCAAGCAACAACACUGCAAACGCGGCAGUGUGAAAUCUGUGUAUAAUUGGAGGAUGAUUAAUCUCAGCUCAUAUGGAUGUAAAAACCACCGCUGGAACGCGCAUACGUCCGUGUUUCUAUUGGCUGUCAGCAGCGUCGCUCAGAGGAAUGACGAUUUUGCUGCUAUAACCAGCUGAUACUGAGGCUAUGAACACGGAGCCACUGAAGAACUGUUGACGGUACAUGGAUACCCCGUCAUCGGCGUUAUGCCUGCGGAUUCGGUCUCAUCUCCAUCCAGAGAUUGAGCUGACAAACGCGUGGACAGCGAUGGAAUGGUGGUGCGCUCCGCAACGCAGCGACGAUAAAGACGCAGUUUCGGUACGACUGUGUGGAGAUUUGGAUAGACGCAUGAGACGGACAACCUCAAGACAUGGAAUAAAGGGAGUUUGAGAGACAACUGAAACAUCGUGAGUCAGAUCCAUAAAUUAAAGAAACUGACAUUUAAAAAACGUGAGGCUGGAAGAGAUCUGUAGACUGAGGAAGAGACAAGCCGAAGUUGAAGAGGAGUGAAGAUGGGGUGUGGUCAGGCCUCUGCUACCGUCAGCUGCCGGUCAAAGCAGGAGUCUCUUCACUAAAACCAGAGCACAUCAUUUUACCUGCUGGAGGACCCCCCACCCUCGGUGAUGUGAUGAAUAAAUUUGAAGUCCUUGGCAUUGUAGGAGAAGGAGCAUAUGGAGUGGUGCUUAAGUGCAGGCAUAAGGACACCAAUGAGCUGGUGGCCAUUAAGAAGUUCAAAGACAGCGAAGAAAAUGAGGAGGUCAAGGAGACGACUCUUCGGGAGCUAAAGAUGCUUCGGACACUGAAGCAGGACAACAUCGUCGAGCUGAAGGAGGCUUUUCGCAGGAGGGGGAAACUCUACCUUGUCUUUGAAUAUGUUGAGAGGAACAUGCUGGAGCUUUUAGAAGAGCUGCCCAACGGUGCACCACCUGAUAAAGUCCGCAGCUACAUCUACCAGCUCAUCAAAGCCAUCAACUGGUGUCACAAGAAUGAGAUAGUACACAGAGAUAUCAAGCCGGAAAACCUCCUCAUCAGCUCUGAGGAUGUUCUCAAACUCUGUGACUUUGGUUUUGCUCGUAACCUUUCUGAAGGAACAGAUGCCAACUACACUGAGUAUGUGGCUACAAGGUGGUACCGCUCGCCUGAGCUGCUGCUGGGGGCUCCCUAUGGAAAGGCGGUGGACAUGUGGUCUGUGGGGUGUAUCCUCGGCGAGCUGAGUGACGGACAGCCUUUGUUUCCAGGGGAAAGUGAGAUAGAUCAGCUCUUCACCAUUCAGAAGGUUUUGGGGCCGCUUCCUGCAGAGCAGAUGAAACUCUUCUAUAACAACCCUCGCUUUCAUGGAAUCAGGUUUCCCUCAGUUAGUCAUCCUCAGACUUUGGAGAGAAGAUACCAAGGCAUAUUGAGUGGUUUGAUGUUGGAUCUGAUGAAGAACCUGUUGCUGCUAAACCCUACUGAGCGUUUUCUGACAGAGCAGAGUUUGAACCAUCCGGCCUUCCAGCCUCUGAGGCAGGCAGAGCGAGAGAGGCCUUCUCCUGCAUCUCCCAACCCACCGCGCUCCUCCAAGAGGAAAACACACCAUCAUGGAGAGAACACAGUUCCUACAAGGAGUCACACUAAGAGCACGAGCCGUCGCUCCAACAGCAAAGAAUGUUCCAGCCUCCCCCGCCAUGGCGAUCUCCAUCACCUCAGCAACAAGGGUUUCCUUAAUGGUAACAAACCUCCCCCGUCCAGUUUAAGUCCUACGCUCCACCCAAAGGCCCAGUACAUGUCCCAGACCCUUAAUCGUUCUGCCUCAUCCAACAAAGACCUGGCGAAUAACAACCUGCCACACCUCCUCAGUCCCAAAGAAGCCAAAGGCAAGACGGAGUUUGAUUUCAGCUUGGGACCCUCCCCAAAGCUGCCGGACCACGGGGCAAAGUACGGCCACGGCAAACCCAGCUCCUCUCGCUCUCAGCAGCAGCAGCAGCAGCAGCAGCAACAGCAGCAACAGCAACAGCAGCAGCAGCAGCAGCAGCAGCAAGCCAACCGUCAUACCUUUCUGGAAGGCAAGACCAACACACUACAGUCUGGAGCAGAAAAACAACAUGUCCGACAUGCCCACAAUAUGGCCGACUCUGCCCAUGGAUCCAUGUCCUCCUCUUCUAAGAGUUCAGCCUCUUAUCUCAGCCUGUCCAAGAGCCACAGCGCGCUGAGUGAUGCCAAAUCUGUAGGGAACCUCAGCGAUGGUCGACUCCACCCAGAAGACCCGAACUCCAAUGUGACAGCAGGGGUAGGACCCGGUGCCCGUUUCUUCCCUGCCAGCUGUUUAGACCUCAACGCCCCUUCCGGUCCUCCGGGGCCGCCAGGCAGCCCUUCUACUCGACACAGUGAUCGAUCCGGGCACAGCCCCGCCUCUCGUAGCAGCGGCAAUGUCCGCAUGGAGAGCAGCACACUUGACUCCUCAUCCAGACACAAAUCCAGACAUAAAUCUUUAGCACCAGAGGAGGCCAGUGCUCCAGAGCUCUUAGACCCAGGAGGAACAGUGAUGCCCUCCACUCACACUCUUCCUUCCCCACAUGAGUCUUAUCAUUACGGCCUGGGUUAUACCUCUCCAUUCUCCUCUCAGCAACGGCCUCAACGCCACUCUAUGUAUGUGAGGAGGGAGCGCCAUCGACCACACGCGGUUGAGGGCGGGAUGGCAGGCUUGCCAGCACCAGGGCAGGUGAUACCGACACGUGCCAGUAGCCUGCAGCUCCUCUCCCCUCAACUGCAACACCGGACCACCCUCACUGGACACUCAGUGAGCUCUUCAAGAGAGGACUGUACUGAAGACAUGACGAGGAGUGAGCAGUCCCCUAAAGACAUGAGCCACCCUUGUGCCCCCAUCAAAGACUCUACGAGGGACAACACUGCUGCAUUUCAUACACAGCGCUCUAAAAAUGAGGUCGGUAUGUAUCACGACCCCCAUGGUGAAGAUGGAGGUCCCUCCAAGGAGAACCGGAUGAUCUUCACUGAGUCCAUGCCUCGGAGAGUAGGCAGCUUCUACCGAGUCCCGUCACCCAGACCAGAUAAUUCCUCCUCUUUCCAUGACGGUGUUGGGCAGGGUCGAGGGCCAGUAGUACCUGUUGUAUCCGGAGACCCUGUUGCCAUGGCCAACCACUCCAAACGCCAGACAGCUUUUGACUGGACCACCGCAGAAGCAAUGGUCAUGAAUCCUCCAGAGCCAGCCAAAGAGAAGGAAAAGCAAGGCUUCUUCAGAGCCAUUAAAAAGAAAAAGAAGAAGACACAAAUAACAGACAUGGAGGAUGGGAGGAACCCCAGCAUCAAGAAAAGCCUUUUCCCCCUCUUUAGCUCUAAGAAUAGCUUAAAGCACAACUCAGCUGUCAAAGUCCUACCCGUAGUCGCCUCGCCCAUGGUACAACACCAGCCUCCUGCACCCUACCCUGCCUCACCAGUUCCUGGUAACGGACAAGAACACCUGUCCCUGCAGAGAAGCUCCAAGUCAUCCUCUCACCACAGCAGCCGACGGAAAAACCGCGAGCGAUCCAGAGACCGAGACCGGGAGCGAGAACAGAGUCGGGACCGCGACAGAGAAAGAGAACGGGAGAGAGAAAGGGAGAGGGAGAGGGAGAGGGAAAGAGGGAGGGAGAGAGAGAGAGUUAAUGACUGGCCACCAGACAAACCGGUAGACUCACACUCUCAGAGUCAACCACUCAAGUCACUCCGCAGGCUCCUUCACCUCUCACCUUCUUCCUCAAAUCAAGGACAGCCGCCUCCUCCUCCUCCUCCAGACCUGCGCUUCCAAGCCCCCCUCCCCAACCCCCCUCAGCCCCCGUCCAAAGUGGGCUACUCUGAGGGUCGAGGGCACGUAGACAGCAGGGGGCACCCCGGGGUGAGCAGCUCCGCCCAGGCCAAAAGCCGCAAGGCCAGCUAUCCCCUCCCUGGACAGAUCGAGUCCAGCUGGCAUGUGUCUGCUUUACAGCGGGCGGAGGGUGCUCAGUUCACCCCCGAACAGCUUGGCAUCAAACCAGGGCAGAAUGGACCCACUUUUACCCGAGCCUCCCGCACCAGGAUGCCAAACCUCAACGACCUGAAGGAGACAGCGCUGUAAACCCACCCCAAACCACACCACCUCCAGUGUGUCUCCAUCCUGGAAGCAUCUGCCAAACGCAGACAUCAUGGUACUGUAGUAAAAGUUUACAUGAAAGCCUAUUUCACUGGAUCAAGUCCUCAUUCAGAAACAUAGUUAUUUAUUGAUGCUCAUGUCUCUGAAAUCUACAAAGACUAGAUGUUGACAGGCCAAACACAAACACCAGUAACAGUGUUGUUAGGGAAUCAAAAACAGAAAAGGGCCCACUCCCUCUCGGGAUGCCAGUACUGUAUCAGUUGUAUGUUAUUCUCUCUCUAAUUAACAAGGUUAGAAUAUCAGAAUACGCUGAUCUUUCCUGUCAAGGAGACACUGCCCAUGUGGCCUCUCUGCUGCCAUCUUCUGCUCACAGGACACUACAGCAACACAUCAGACAGCCCCUGUCACACAAUGGUGGCCAAAUAAACUCAAAUGUUUUUCAAGCUCUGAUAUUUGAUAGAACAAAAAAAGAUUUAUAUCAACAUUAUUUAUUAAAUAUUUAUUUGAUUUUAAUUCAAGGAUAUAAGCUAUAAAUGACACAGUAUGUAGGCUAUAUGGGAAUAUUAUAAGGUAAUAUAGAAUUAAAUGUGUAAUUGCAAGAGCUUUAGUUUCGACACAAAGAAAUGCAUAGAUAUUUAUGUGUUGAUAAUACAAUAUGUCAAGGAAUAUUUAAUAAUGGUGAAUGUCCUUUUUUGUUUCAAUUUGAUAUGCUAUUAACAGAUUUUCAUGUUAUAUCAUGUUACAAUUUUGCCCUUUUUUCUGUUUGUUUCAUCAAAAUGUAAAGAAAAAAAUUUCAGACACUACAUCUGGUACAAAUCUGUCCAUCACCCUCAUGACAGUUAAAAAAUUUGUGAAAAGUUGGGCAAUUUGUCUACAGGGUUUGGUAGCAGCAGAAAAGCCAGAGCGAGACUGUUAUGCUCUGUGCAUUACAUACAAUAAUUGUCAGUUCACUUUAUGUCCCUCGCUUGGUGUCAUCAUUUUAAAAUAAGCCCCAUUUUCAGUCUUUCAGUUCAUUCAUCAGCAACAACAGCUUUCCAGCUCCGUGCUGCCAUGUUGGUUUUGUCUACAGCCUUAACAGCAAGUAACGGCAUCAAGACUUUGGUGCCCAUUGGUGGUGAAAUGUUAGCCUCUUGAAAUGAGGUCUGACUGACUCAAAUACAACAUCUAAGUUUUCAAGAUAGUAGGACAGCACUGCAAAAAGGCAUACCUCACCUACGACCUUUAAGAUCUUAAAGCUUAAGUCUGGUGGUGUUUUAUAUUUCCCUAUGUCAACAAAUCCCAUGAAAACACCAAAACCAACUAACUAACAACAAUGUGUUUGUGUAUCCAAAACCUGAUUUGGCUUACUGCUCUGUGCCAUAGUUGUUAUCCAAAAAUGUUGGCUGGGUGACAUUUUCCUUCAUUACCAUGAAACAGGACACUGUAGUGUAUUUAAAAAACAAUUGCAAACAUUGUAUACCAUCUUGCUGCUAUAAAUGCUCAUUAGAGAACCAAAUGUGUAUUAAUCCGCAGCUGAAAAUAGUCCUUAACAAAUGCGCUAUUUAUUCAUGUUUGAGUAAUGUUUGCUCAAAAAUACAGUGCUCGUCUGUUUUAGGAAAUGACUUACCUUUUUAAAUAUUAAAGUAUUUAAUUAAAUUUUUUGUAAAAUAAAUAAAUAAAAAGAUUUUUGUCUUCAGCAUGAUUUUGGAAUUUAAAAAAUAAAACAAUACAUUUCUGACUUUUAAGGAGAAACCAAUGGUCUGGGAGACCUCCUGGGGAAGUCAGAAAGUAUUGAGAAACGGACCAAGACCACGUUAAGACUGACAGUAACCCUACAUGAAAAAUGCAGCCCUCAUAGCGGGGGUUCCAACACAGGGGUAAAACAAUGCAUGAUCGUCCGGCAAAAAAGUUAAACCUGGCUCAGCUUUUGCCGCAACACGACAUCACUCAAAUACAUACUAGGGCACAUGGCUGGUAGAUUACUUGUUGUUUUUUACAUGAAUAUUGUAUUUCUUCUGAUUAUUUUACAAUUAUUGUUGCUGUGAUAACCUUCCAGGGUUGUAAAAUUCUGUCUCAGAGUAUUAUAAACCACUGUGUAGUGUUUUGGCAUCUAAUAAGCCUUUAAAUGCAUUAAUUUCUUCCAUCUGGACAUCCUGGAUCGUAUUUCAUUUCUCACCGGUACCCAGAACAAUACACCACCACCAAUGCACCAUCUUGUGUUGUCUUAAUACAGGGCUGUUUUGGGGCACAAUAAUGAUCUUGUUUCUUUCCUGGGAUUUGUUGACAAUAAGAAAGAUAGGGAGUAACACCAGACUUAUCCUUUAAUGUGUGUGUUUACAUUUUUCUGUGUGCAUUUUAAAAUCUUGUGUUAUCAAAGUUUUUGUAAAUGCCUUUUGUAAAUCUGAAUUUGGUUUUCCUACUGUAUUCGCAUUACAACUUUUAUUUUUAAUAUUAAUAGUCAUGAUCAGGGAUCUAACUAGGUUAUUCAUAAAAGCAUUUAUUUGUUGUCUACUGACUGUGGAUAAUAAAAAAGCUGGGUUGUUAGAACAAAAUGCUGUUUGCGGCCUAGGCAAAAUAUACAUCAAAGUUUUCCUUCCAGUCUUACCUUUAUCCUUCCUUCCUUCCUCUUCCUCAGUGGUUUUACAGCUUAAAGUGAAGAAGAAAAGUGAAUGAAAGAAGGAUGGAUGCAUUUGUGCAAAAAUGAAGACAUUUGUGUUCCAAAGUGAGAGUUUAGUUUUGGGAGAAUUUCAUGUUUUGUUUCAUCCGUUCGAUAGGACGAAAAUACACUUGCAAAAAAAAAAGGGGGGAAACGCAAAUUAACGAAUUGACCACACGGCUGAUUGAAAGCAAUAACAUUUAGAAAAAGACUCAGACUGAUGCAUUUUGUACAAGCCAAAUCAGUGGCUAGUUAAAUUUGAGCCAAAUAUAGCACAGAGAAGGAUUUCCAGUUGGAGACUGUGAUUAAAGCAAGUGUCCACAUAUAAUAUCAAGACAUCGCUCUGCAAUACAUUUUUUUAUUUUCAAUUUGUCCUUGAACAUUACCCAGGACAGGCAAAACUGCCCCAUGUUGUGUUUCAGGAAAAUUCUGAUUGUUAAUGAAUGUAAAUGACUGUUGAUGUGGGUUUGUCAAUAUCAUUAAUAGGACAGAGUGAUGACAAAGCUUGCCUUGCCAGUGACCCCGAAGCCUUAUAUUAGCUUACUGACUCAACACAUCAGAUGGAAAUGGAGGCUUCAACCACCAGUAAGUCACAUACAUUGAGAACUGAGAAGAGAAGAAGAACUUUUGUUCACAAAUGUGAAUGUGUUUCCUAAAACAUCUGUUGUUUCUUUUUAUUCAUUAAGCUGUUCCCCACUUCUUACAGGGUGUAAAUAGAAAUAAUAGAUUGUAUCUAUACUGACCAUUCUAAUUUCAAUAUGAUAGGGUCUCAUAAUAAAAGCCAACUGUACAUUUUUGAACGGCUCAUAUGUUUAUG